AUCCCUAGGACGAUUCUGCGCACUUUUUAGGAUUCCUACGAAACAAGUUAUCGAUUUUUCUAAUAUUUCUUGUAAUGUUCGGUUGAAACACUAAAAUGCUGAUAAUAUUAGGAAUAUUAUACCAUUUAUCUUUAUCAGAUUGUGCAUUAUUGUUAUGGAGUACACAAAAAUUAAAUUUCCCAGCUUUUACACUUUUUAAUCAAGACGAUUACGAACAACUUUUAAAAGAUUUAAAAGAACCAAAUGUUAUUCCCUUUAGUGUUGAUAUAGAUAAAGCUGCUGAUGUUAUCCCAAGAAAAUUGGGAAAUCUUUAUUCAUCUUACAUCCCCAUGACAACUUUUUUCAUAGAAGAAAGUCAAGACCUCACUGAUGAUUUAUCCAUUAAUAGUAAAAUCAUAAAAGAUUCUUUAGAGAACUAUAAAUCCAACACCAAUUAUUAUGAAAAUGUUUUGGUGGCAAUUUUUUGUGAAUCUUCAAGAGUAAAACGUGAAGAUAAAGAUCCAAAUACAACAGAAACUAACAUCCAAACGACUCAAUUACCAACGCAAAUCCCCACACAAAUUCCAACUCAAAAACCUAUAACUGAAAAACCUGAGGAGCCACCACCAAUUGAUUUUAAAGGUCCAGUUUUGUAUGAUGGAGAAGGAUCCGUUUUGCUUUAUUCCUCACAACCACCCAUGCUACGAUUAAAUUCAACAAUCAUUUAUUUACCACCAGCUAAAUCAGUAACCAUUGAUGUUCGAGCUCGUGAUGGUUACACUCGUUUGAGUCCAACCAUAAGCAUGGUUGAAGGAAAAAUUCUUCUUCGAUUUAAAUUUCACACUUCACAUGGUCACUGGAGUCUCACCUCAGUUGAAGUGGUUAAUCAACUUAAAGAUGAAAGUAUAACUUAUAAUCUAUCAAUAAUUGGCACAGUUAGUGCUCCAAAUCAUUUCUCUUAUCAUUGCCAUAAAGACACCGUUUUUAAAGACGCUUCUGGAAACGUUGAAUUAAUUCUUUAUAAGAUUCAAGCUCAACCCGAUGCUAAAAAUGGUCGAUUUUGCGAUGCUUAUAAUUGCGUUAAUUUUAUGUCCGGUCCUAUUUGGUCGGGGAUUUUAGUUACAGCAUCUUUAAUCGUUGGUUUUUUUAUUGCAUUAGCUGCUCUUGGAGAUAUUAAAACGAUGGAUAAAUUUGAUAAUUAUAAAACUAAACAACUCAAUAUUACAGUAGCUGAGUAAGUUAAAAAAAAACAUGAUGUAAUCGUUUUAGUUUGUUGUUGUCAAAUAAAAAUUAAUUAGUGUAAUGAUGAAAAAUAAAUAAUAACGAAAA